AUGGCGGAGCCGGAAUCGAAGCCUGAAGUUUCUGUGGAGACAUCGCCUGAUUUGCUUAAGAAUACGCCAUCGAACAUUGCGCGGUUGGAAGAUGUAAUAGAGCACUCGAAAGGUCGGCAGAAGUAUCUUGCACAGACCAAAAGUCCAUCUGAUGGUGGUGACGUGAGGUGGUACUUCUGUAGGGUACCUCUAGCUCCAACAGAGUUAGCUGCAUCUGUUCCUCGCAACGAAGUAGUAGAAAAGGGCGAAUAUUUUCGUUUUGGAAUGAGAGAUUCACUUGCAAUUGAGGCUUCAUUCUUGCAGAAUGAAGAAGGGUUGCUUUCUACUUGGUGGAAAGAGUACGCAGAAUGUAGUGAAGGUCCAAGAGGACAACCAUCUUCAAGCAAGAAGAUAGAUGCCGAAGAUUCUAAUCUAUUUGAUACGGAGGAAGAAAGAGUUGGUGUGCCUGUGAAAGGAGGGUUGUAUGAGGUAGAUCUACCAAGGAGGCAUUGUUUUCCUGUUUACUGGAACGGAGAAAACCGGCGAGUCCUGAGAGGUCACUGGUUUGCUCGUAAGGGGGGCUUAGAUUGGCUUCCUCUUCGUGAAGAUGUUUCUGAACAAUUAGAGGUGGCAUACCGCAGCCAGGUUUGGCAUCGUAGAACAUUUCAACCCUCUGGACUAUUUGCUGCUCGUGUUGAACUGCAAGGAUUUACACCAGGACUUCAUGCUCUUUUUAUGGGUGAAGAUGAUACCUGGGAGGCUUGGCUCAAUGUUGAUGCUUCCGGUGUUGCUAGUAUUGUUAAUUUUAGUGGAAAUGGGAUUAAGUUAAGGCGUGGUUAUUCUGCGCCGUCCUCAACAAAACCAACUCAGGAUGAAUUGCGGCAGCAGAAGGAGGAGGAAAUGGAUGAUUACUGCUCACAGGUUCCUGUACGACAUGUGGUAUUUAUGGUCCACGGUAUUGGUCAAAGGUUGGAGAAAUCUAAUUUGGUCGAUGAUGUUACCGAAUUUCGACAUAUUACUGCGAGUCUUGCUGAAAGGCAUCUAACCUCUCAUCAACUUGCUGCUCAGCGGGUUCUCUUUAUUCCAUGCCAGUGGAGAAAGGGCUUGAAACUUAGUGGUGAAGCUGCUGUUGAAAAGAUCACUUUAGAUGGUGUACGUGGUCUUCGUGUGAUGCUUGGUGCAACAGCUCAUGACGUAUUGUACUACAUGAGUCCAAUCUACUGUCAAGAUAUUAUUAAUUCGGUAUCAAACCAGUUAAACCGUUUGCAUUCAAAAUUUCUCAAGCGAAAUCCUGGGUAUGAUGGUAAGGUUUCCUUAUAUGGUCAUUCGUUGGGGAGUGUUCUCUCUUAUGACAUCCUCUGCCAUCAAGAGAACCUGUCAUCCCCAUUUCCUAUGGAGUGGAUGUACAAAGAACAGCCUUCCACUCCAAAUUCACUCCCUGAUGUGAAUGAGGAAUCUUCAAUGCAUAACCCUUUGCCCAAGCUGGAUGGUACCUUUUCCACUGAAGAAAUAGUGGAUUCUGCUGAUGAGGCAUCGACUCCAGUUCAUGAAGUUAAGGCCACGUCAGGGGAGUUCGAGAAAGCCGAAGGUUUUCCCAAUUCAGAUGACAAUGGUCGAACCCUGUCUGAGGAAAAGGAUGGGUUGGAUAAAGAUGCCACUACGACAGUCGAUGACUCAAUUGAAGGGCUGGAGAAUGAGGCUGUCGAAAACUGCAAAGCGGAUAAUGCCAAAGAGGUUGAAUUGUUGAAGGAAGAGAUCAAUUGCCUUAAAGCGAAAAUAGCAGAAUUGGAAUCGAGGAGUGUGACUGGGCCUGCUUGCGAAAGUAAGGAGAUGCCUGAAACGAAAGCAAGCGAGUCCACAUAUGAGAAUACCCCUACCACUUUGCAAAAUGAACCACAGAAUUACACCCCCUACAUAAAGUACACAAAACUUGAAUUUACGGUAGACACGUUUUUUGCUGUCGGUUCCCCUCUUGGAGUAUUCCUCGCUCUUCGUAACAUUCGUAUCGGAGUUGGCAAAGGGCAAGAAUAUUGGAUGGAAGAAAAUAUCACAGAGGAGAUACCAGCCUGUAGGCAAAUGUUCAACAUUUUCCACCCAUUCGAUCCUGUAGCUUACAGAAUAGAGCCACUUGUAUGUAAAGAAUACAUCAACAGGCGUCCUGUCAUUGUUCCUUACCACAGAGGUGGAAAGCGUUUGCACAUUGGAUUUCAAGAAUUUUCUGAAGAUUUAGCUGCUCGGUCGCAGGCAAUCAAGGAUCGUUUAAAUUCUGUAAGGGUUAAAGUUCUUACAAUGUGCCAGUCGAAAAAUGAAAAUAACUUCGAUGGACAAGAGGAAAAUGUUCAGGAUAGGAAUGAGAGAACAUACGGCACUCUCAUGAUGGAAAGGUUGACUGGAAGUGAAGAAGGGCGAAUAGAUCACAUGCUUCAGGAUAAAACUUUUGAACAUCCAUAUCUACAAGCAAUUGGAGCACAUACGAACUACUGGAGGGAUUGCGACACUGCACUCUUCAUCUUGAAACACUUAUAUCGGAACAUAUCGGACGAGGCCGAUCACGACGAUGAGACUGGCGAAGGAGACUCCUCGAGAGAUGGAAAUAGUGGCUGCGGUACCUCGACAUGGCAGGAACGGAGAGAGUCGGCAGAGGAGGAACUUCCUUUAACUUUCUCCGACCGACUGACCAUGAAGAACUUCUCCAGGAAAGCAAAGAAAUUCAUGAGGAAGUCGUGA